GGUAUUUCUCUCUGGAGUUCAUUUAGCCAACCUGAGUUUCUCCUCCUUUGCUAAGGAAAAUAAUCUGUUUUACAAUAUGUUUUCCAGGACAGGAGAGACCUUACAUUCCUUUUAUUUUAAGAUAUACUUUUAUGAGGCUGUAUGGAGAAAUGAGAUCUUAGAAAAUGUUAAGAAAAUGGAAUAGCUGGAUUGUAGGCCUGUUACAAAAAUCACACAACAUCACCUUGGGCUGAGGUCUCAUCAGCUAAAGGGCUUGGUAACCUUCAAGGUAAUAGAGUGCUGAUGACUCAUUUAGAGGAGCACUUCCAUCUGAGACAUUCCUGAACUAAAGGUUUUAUCCACCCCACUUGUAAAGUCAAAGGGUUUUGCAAUUGGCUUCAGCAAGAACAUGAUCACAGCCUAAAUCCACAUUGUGCUGCUGAUAAAAUGUUGAGAGCCUCCUUUACUAGAGAUGUGGGAAGUGGGGAGCCUGCCAUUUCACAUGCAAGUGAAGUCUCAGAAGCAUCAUCUGAGAAUAUCUCUAAGUCUACAGUAAACAUGGUCACUGAAAUCGGUGAAGGAUUAAGAGAACGACAGCAUGGUGUUAACAGGCAAAAAGCACUGCGAAGCCUUCAGCAUAAGAAUGCUGCAGAGAGAGAAUUGAACUCCAUGAAGGAAUCUCUGGCAUCACAAAACACAAAAAUGAUUUCAUCCAUAGUCAUUUCAGAGAUGAUUGAUGAGAAUAAAUCAAAAGAAAAUAGGUCUGCUUUGCCUUUGCAGUCUGUGAUCGCUCAGCCUAAUACUUAUCAUACGAAGCAAUCUUUGGCUAAUCAUGGUUCAGUCAACAUUAAUAGAGCAUUCACAUUACAUCCCAGCAGAUUAGAAAUUCAGGCAUCUCUAGAUGACAGUGUACACAGAACAGACUCUCACACCAGAGAGGAAAAACAAUGUCAUAACCAGGAAAACGGAUUUGCAUCCAUAACAAUUACUGCUAGACGAGUUGUUCCACCUUCUAACAGCACAGUGCAGGAAGCUGCUACUGAUUCACUGUGUUUGAAAUGCAGGGGAGGCAAUCUGCUAAUGAAUGCUGCUACUGCUGCUUCCAACAAUGCAGGUUCAGCUCAGCACUGCAGACCUCUGUAUAAUCAAGGAUCUUGUACAAACCAAAAUGCCACCAGAUUAAAGGUUCCUGAAACUUAUUCACAACCAUGUGAAGGGCAUCAAGGCUGGAUUUUUAACUCUGAAAGCAAAGAGAAUAGAAUAUUUCCUCCUGGAAGUAAUCGAAGGAAAAAAGCACCAGUUUCAUUCACUUCAUGCAUUCACCUCAGAGUUUCUCAGCAGUGUCCAAAUAGAAUCUAUUAUGUAGACAAGUCACUCUCUGUCUGUAUUGACCAACCUCAAAUUAAAAGCCAAAAAAUUCAUAGAUCGAUAUUGUCCUUCAAUAUAAAUUGCAGUUCACCCAGAUUAACACCAGAUGGAGUAGAUGGCAUAGCUAAUGGAGGGCCAAGAGCUGAGGCACUUAAGAGAAAGCUCUCAGAAGAAAACAAGACUCUACUCAGAACAUUUCGGACUGCAGAUUUAAAAGAAAAUACUGCAGAUAAAAAAAAAGCAGCAAAUAAGGAAUGCCUGGGUACUGCAUAUCCUUGGAAAGGCACACCUCCCUCUCAACUGCUAUCAUUUGUGGAUAUACCCAAAGGAACUAAUAAUGUGAAAGCCACAAAGAAAGAAGAUGGUGAUGAUUCUGAUAAACAGGCUGGUGGCAAUCACAUAAAAUUAUCUAUCCAAGUUCCUAAAUUGUGUUGUGAGACAGGUUCCUGGACCAAUCAUUGCCAGCUCCUGAACUGUGCCUCAGCAUUUGCCUGGGAAUCACUUCCUUUCCCAGACAGGGUCCCCACUUCAGCUCUUGGUGGGGAUGGUUGGCCAGCUCUGCAUCCAGGAGCACAAACCUUCUCUGGAAGCAACAGGAAACCUUGCAAUAGAGAUACAUUUAGUGCAACUGCUCCUGCUUUUCUUCUAGAACGAGCACCCGUGAAAGAAUUCACAGCUGAUGCCAGUGGUUCUUUGAAAGUGAGAACUCCAUCCAAAGCUAACUCUAAGUCCAAAGAGAUUCAACCACAGUGGUUUCCAAAACCAAAGAUCCCUGUAUUUAAUUGUGUGUAUGAUAUAAAGGCUUUACCAAAACUUGUUCUAGAAGAAAAUGAUCUCCACAGGAAAAAUCAGUUCUCCAAAGGUGAUUACAAAUUCUGUGGCUCAGAUGACAAAAUAAAGGAAUGCAAGAAAAGAGAAAAACAAGGGGGAACGAUAUCUGCAGCUCACUCCCCAGUUGCUGCUCAUGAGAAGCGAGAAGCACUCACCCAGCCAGAAAUCUGCUCGGAGCCUGAGAACAUUCCAUCAAGCCCACUGACUCUCAGGGAGGCUCUAGUAGUCCAUAAACCAAAGUUUAUUUCUCGUUCACAAGAACGGUUGAAAAAACUCGAACACAUGGUACAGAUGAGGAGAGCCCAGCACAGUGAGAGCCCUGGAAAGAAACAAGGAGCUCUUCUUGCUCGCAAACUUUCCUCUAAUUUCAUUUCCAGUAAAAAGAAGCAAUAUACCAUUCCUCACCCCUUGAGUGAUAACCUGUUCAAACCAAAGGAAAGAUUCAUUUCGGAGAAGGAGAUGCAUAUGAGAUCUAAAAGGAUUUAUAAUAACUUGCCUGAAGUGAAAAAGAAACAAGAAGAAAAACAGAAACAGGUGAUCAUACAGAGUAACAGGCUACGGGUUGAGGUUUUCAAAAAGCAACUACUGAAACAGCUUCUUCAAAGAAAUACAGAGUAACAAAGGAUUCUUUUGCUGCUCACACUAACUGGACCUCAAAUGACUUUGACUAUUAGAUAAGCCAUAACAUUUUAUCUUAAUUACCUGGAUAUAUUUAUCUUACCUUUUACCUCUCUACAUAAAGAAAGAUAAUUUGUGCUUCAGUAGAAAAUUCUGAAAGAAACUUGUAGAUUAUUG